AUGAUCAACAAGAAACACUGUGCUCCUCCGACAGAGUGUAAGAUAAAGAAGAAGUGCGAGAAGCGUGGCGGGUCCUGCAAGAAGCAGUGUUCGCCUGGCGAGGAGGAGGUGAAGAAGGGCUGUCGAGGACGGAAGUGCAAGUGUUGCGUGUUGAUCACAGCGACGACUACUGGAUCAUCAACCACAUUACCAUCAUCUCCUUCAGCACCGAUAACAUCUAUAACAGCUUCAGCAUCACCAACAUUAUCGACAGCUUCAGCAUCACCAACAUUAUCGACAGCUUCAGCAUCACCAACAUUAUCGACAGCUUCAGCAUCACCAACAUUAUCGACAGCUUCAGCACUGCCAACAUUAUCGACAGCUUCAGCACCACCAACACCACCAAGAACUCCA